AUGGGGGCGGUCCAGUCUAUUGUUGUUGCUGUUUUCCAGCAGGGGUCUUCUCUUGCUCAAACUUAUCUGCGAGAACAGUACGAUGCUGUCUUAAGCGGCAGCGUCCAACCCCUUCUUUUUAACAUUAUUGCUGCGUCUUUAAUCCUAGCCAUGCACAACCUCUACAAGGGACGCAAGAAGCAGUCUUCCCAGACCCCAGAGCUUUCAAUUAAUCUGGUCUCAAAACAGGGUUCUGGUCAGCUUGGACAGGCCGAGAACGAAUCUACCAUGUCUAGUGUAUCGAAAGAUGAAGUGCGGAAGCCAAACAACACCGAGGAUCGUCUCCUCUCCCCUCUGGAUCCUAAAGGGCCUAAGAACUCUGGAUAUCACCCUGACCAGAAAUUGAUUGGGGGCAAUUCAGUCCCAGGCCACGAUGCGAUGUCAUUCCAGUCGGAUCUCAUGGACGCUCUGCACCUUAGUCCUUCUUCCUCGAAGGAUGUGUCCCAGUCCUUCGCGAAGCAGACCUCUGCCGUCCCGUCCGGAGCUAACUCUCUCUCCCCUGCCCCGAAUGAAUCCGCUCUUGUCGUUCCGGUGGGAAAGGGUAGCGAUGUUGAUGAAAUCUUUCAGGCUCAGACCUCCAUGGGAAACGAAGAAGGGGUGAUGAUAUUUCAAUGCGGUCACUCAUCAUCCAAGCAUUUCGAGAACGUCGAUGUCAACGAGAACAUGGAGAGUCCCGAGACUUCUACAGCCAAUACAAACAGUGAGGAGCGUAAGAAGAAAGGAGUUCAACCCGCGUAUAGUUUGGUUGGCGGAAAUCCAUCGUCGAACGAUGGAAAAGCUCAGGGAGUUGGAGAUUUAUCCCAUACUGCAGAGGGCCUCGCCGAUGAAAGCUUGUCUCCUGGGAAAAGCACUAACCCAGAGCUUACUGGUUUUGUGAAGGCAGAGGAUCAACAUACUACUCCGGUCAUUGACAUUUCUGGAAUCGGAGAGCGUAAGCUCAUUCCAGCCGCCACUCGGCAGAGAAGCUCCACCCUCACAAAAUCCAUCGACGAUGGUCAAACUACUCAAGGGCUGCCUGGGUAUAUUUUGGACAAAGAAGAUGCAGUUCUGGAGCAGUUCAAGGACGAAAGUCUUCGCAAAGAAGAUUUCAUAGCUUACCAGAACGAACAACUUCGGAAACGGCUUGGUGUUCAAAUCGAUGUUUAUCAGCCAGGAGAUAGACGCCCCCGUCAUCCAAACCAUCACCGUACCUGGUAUUCAAAGAAUCUCUGGUGCACCAAAUGUCAUGGCCGCUGCCAAAACUGCAUGGCUUGGUGUUGCAAAUACCAGGAGUCUUAUGCCAUCGCUCUUGGAAAUAGAACCAGCGUAGAAGUGAAGGACAAUGCUCACUCUAUAAUUGAGGCGAUUAGAAUGUAUAAUCCUACUGGUACCGAUAACCCAACGUUCCUUAGGUGCACUACCGAGGGUUGCCGGAGACUGGUUUGCCCCGAGUGCUGCGGUAUCUGUCCCAAUCAGCUGCUUUGUCAGGACCUUCAGUGUGUUCGAUGUAAGCCGGAUCCGUGGGUUGAGUGCGACUGGCAUGUUGGUCUCUAA